CAGAUCUGCUCGCACUCUCGGCUCGCGAGCGGAGCUGCGAACAAGAGGUGGAGGAGGCGGAGGAGGACCCCGGGAGCGGGAGCGCGCAGCCACACGGAGCGACACAGAGCGCGAGACGGCGACCGCAUGCCCACGCACGAUUUCUAGCGGCGGAUGGACAUGUGUGUGUGAUCGCGGGUUUAGCCCCGAAAGAGGACGAUCGCGAGCCGAGCCGCUUUUCUUUUCCUCCCAGGUCCGGGUGGGAUCGCUCUGCUCGUGCCCGUUUCUCACAGUUUGAGUCUGAGGAGGAAGAAGAAAAAGAACUAGGAGGAGGAAGACAGGCUGAAACAUUAUCUCCCUGACACCGGCUUCGGGACUAAACACUCCGGUGGAAGCUGGAGAGCCACGGGGCUUCAGCCUUUCCGUAGAUGAUGAGGUUUCGUUCGAAUCCUGUAUGAUUAGAAAUAACCAGUCAGCCAAUCGAUUAGUCUCCUACCUGGACGUGUGGAAACAGGACAGAAGUGAAGUCACAGUGACAGUGUGUGAGCUGAAGUGAAUUCAGGACGGAGGUGGAAAGUCCCGAGGCACUCCUUUAACAUUAUUAUUGGCAUUACUUUAAUUGUUUUGUGGAUAAGCCACUCUUGGGGAAAGAGGACCUGUUUUUAUUUUAUCGAUACUGUGAAAAUAGCGCAGUAAAAUGGAUAUAUUUACCUCACAGUUUGGAUUUCUGUUCCUUGUCUCUUUAACAUCUGGACUCCACGCAAAUGAAGUUCCACACUGCGGAGGUCAACUGGAUGCCAGCGUUGCAGGCUACAUCACAUCCCCAGGCUACCCCCAUGAAUACCCGCCACACCAGAGCUGCCAGUGGGUGAUCACAGCCCCAGAACCCUCCCAGCGCAUUGUCCUCAACUUCAACCCCCACUUUGAGCUGGAGAAGUUGGACUGCAGGUACGACUUCAUUGAGAUCCGUGAUGGGAGUUCAGAGACUGCAGACCUGCUGGGGAGACACUGCAGCAACAUCGCCCCGCCUGCCAUCAUCUCUUCUGGACCUGUGCUGUUCAUCAAGUUUGUCUCCGACUAUGCCCACCAGGGCGCCGGCUUCUCCCUACGUUAUGAGAUCUACAGAACAGGGUCUGACUUCUGUUCCCGGAACUUCACAAGCUCAUCGGGAGAGAUAGAGUCUCCCGGAUUCCCUGAUAAAUACCCACACAACUUGGAGUGCACCUUCAUCAUCAUCUCACCACCACGCAUGGAGGUGACUCUCACCUUCCUAACUUUUGACCUGGAGAAUGACCCUCUGCUUAUGGGCGAAGGGGACUGCAAGUAUGACUGGCUGGAGGUGUGGGAUGGCCUACCCCACGUGGGUCCCCUGAUUGGACGUUACUGUGGUACCAAAACUCCUCCUGAGAUCCAGUCGUCCACCGGCAUCCUGUCGCUGUCCUUCCACACAGACAUGGCAGUGGCUAAAGAUGGCUUCUCUGCUCGCUACAACAUGACAAAGAAGGAAGUCAGCGACACCUUCCACUGUAGUAGUCCACUUGGCAUGGAAUCUAAGAAGAUCUCUGAUGAGCAAAUCUCAGCUUCUUCAUCCUACGUCGAUGGUCGGUGGUCACCCCGACAGGCACGACUCAACAACGAUGACAACGGAUGGACCCCUGGCGAGGACAGCAACAAAGAGUACAUCCAGGUGGACCUGAACUUUCUAAAGGUUCUUACAGGCAUCGCCACCCAGGGGGCCAUCUCCAAGGAGACACAGACCUCCUACUUCGUCACCACCUUCAAACUGGAGGUCAGCACCAAUGGAGAGGACUGGAUGAUGUAUCGCCACGGAAAGAACCACAAGGUUUUCCAUGCCAACACAGACCCCUCUGAGGUUGUCCUGAAUCGAAUCCCCCAGCCCAUUCUGGCCCGCUUUGUCCGGAUCCGACCACAGUCAUGGAAGAAUGGCAUCGCCCUGCGCUUUGAGCUAUAUGGAUGUCAGAUCACAGAUGCGCCAUGCUCAGAGAUGCAGGGCAUGCUGUCUGGCCUGCUCCCUGACUCCCAAAUCUCAGCCUCCUCCGUGCGUGACAUCCACUGGUCCCCUAGUGCAGCCCGUCUGGUGGGCAGUCGCUCUGGGUGGUUCCCACAGUCUGCACAGCCAAUCGCAGGGGCCGAGUGGCUGCAGGUUGACCUGGGUGUGCCCAAGAAGGUGCGGGGAGUGAUUACACAGGGGGCACGUGGUGGGGACAGUGGCACCGGUGGCGAGAACAGAGCCUUUGUCCGGAAGUACCGCGUGGCCCACAGCAUGACUGGCAAAGACUGGACCUUCGUCAUGGACAGCAAGACAAACCAGCCUAAGAUCUUCGAGGGGAACACACACUAUGACACACCAGAGGUGCGCAGGUUCGAGGAGACCCCAGCCCAGUUUAUCCGGAUUUAUCCCGAGCGUUGGUCACCAGUGGGCAUUGGCAUGAGGAUGGAGGUGUUGGGCUGUGAUCUGCAGGAAGCCACCUCACUUGCUGAAGGGACCACUCCCACCAUGCCUCACCUGGCAGAGAGCAGCACCAUCCAGAGGGUGAUUUCAGCUCUGACCACCACCCCCUCCUCAGCAGGAGGGAUAUGUGACUUUGAGCAUGGUCUCUGUGGAUGGACACAUGACCCCAACUCCAAUCUCAACUGGUCCCUGCGCAACAGUCUACCUGGCCCCAGCAAAGACCACUCCGUGGGUUCUGAUGAAUUUGGGAGCUAUCUUUAUAUCGAUGCGAGUCCAAAAACCGAUGGGCAGCGGGCGCGACUCCUGAGCCCAGAAGUGGGUCCAGAACGGGGGUCUCUCUGCCUGCUCUUCUCCUACCAGCUGAGGGGCGAGGGGGCAGUCAGUUUGCGGGUGCUACUGCGUGAUGCUGAACGGGACGAGACGCAGCUUUGGGCCCUGCGAGGAGACCAGGGGCUUUCCUGGAGGCAGGGCCGCAUCAUCCUGCCCCGCUCACCCCGGCAGUAUCAGGUUGUCAUGGAGGGGUCCUUUGACCACGGCAACCAGGGACACAUUGGGAUAGACAAUAUUCACAUGAGCUCUAGCACACCGCUGGAGGAGUGCUCCCAACCGUUUGAAGCAUUCCCCCCAGAUGUACCUGAGGGCGCCCUUCCUGGCAGGAGUGACCCCACUGUAGACACGGUGUCAGUGCAGCCCAUCCCCACCUACUGGUAUUACGUAAUGGCCGGCGGCGGCGCCCUGCUGCUCCUGACCUCAGCUGCGCUGGUCAUGGCGGUGUGCUGCCACCGUUACCGCGUCGCAGCCAAGAAGAGUCAGCACGCGGUGGCUUACCAGACCUCCCAGUUCCCUACCAGCACCGGGGCCAACCCCGCAGUGGAGCCCACACUCACCAUUAGGCUAGUAAAGGAGGAGCGCAACUGCUAGUAUCUGGGGGCCUUAACAGCAGGGCGGGCUCACUGCCCAAGCACCGUCUUCACGUGUUUGCUAACUAUUCUAUUGGGGGAGAGAAUACAAAAUGAUUUACUAGCUUCCCUUCGUCAAACGAAUGUUGCAUCUGGACUCUAAAAACACUAAGAAGGAUGCGAUGGAAAGGAGAAAACCAGGCCAGCUUGUGAUGCUGGAUGAAGAGAGCUAACACUCUGGUGGAAGUUUGUUGCCCUUGUGUUUGCUUUGGUAAUCUUGUUUACGAUGAAGUGUUCAGAACACUGAGAGUGCCAGAUCUAAUUCGCUUUCUGGGAGGAUGGAACACAGACCCCUGUUUUUCUCUGGGUAUCCAGCCCCCAUACUUGCACCCCAUGUUACUUAGACUUCAAGCUGAGAUUCUGUCGGUUCUUUGGCUGAAUUAAGCUCAUGAGCAGCUGUAUCUGGUGUCUCAGACAUCAUUCAAAUCCAUACCAUUUUCUUACGGGCAUCAACAACAGGCACUUCCUGUGAUAACUUGUUUCCAGGUGCAGGGCAGCCACUGUCACAGUGUUAAGGAAUGGAAACCUAGUCUCACAGUAGGUAUUGUAUGUGUAUGAGAGACAUUGCGUUCUGAAAGGCGAGUGCAUUAAUUCUGCCUGUGCCCCCCUCUCCCUGGUCCUUUUGCUUUUAUUGCUUUCAGUUCCCUUUGGAUCUCAAUAUGUGGGGGCUGUUUGUACAGAGUGAAUGUGUACUUCCAACAACGAUGGCCAUUCUGUGGUGCCCCCUCUUCCUGAAUGUAAAAUAGGAUAGACUGAGACCUCAAACAUGCUCAGCAUUGCAGUUCCAGUCCAUAUGGUCUUUUCAUCCACAUGUGACCAAUACAAACUGAUUCUUCUUGUUAAACAAAUUUCAAGAAUACAUAAGGACAAGACAAGCAAGAUAGUCUGUACACUUGUCAAUGAUGUUAUUAGCCUUGAGUUGGUUUUUGAGGUGCUUGUUUCUUGAUAUGCAAAAGGAUUCUGAACCUGCCUUAAUCAGCCUCGUUCUCUCUGAAACCCAACAUGUGACUCAUGUUUCUUUGGCCUUAAUCCUGGUGGGGUGGGGGGGGGGGGGUGGUUUCAGAGGUUCCUUCUCUAACUGCUCCUCUUCUAAGAGAUUCUGCAGUACGUGUAUUAUCUUUGCUGUUUGUAAUGUUUUUGCAGUUAUGUUUGCUUACUGGGUGUGCACAGCAAGGGUUCAGGAACACCAGUUGAGCUGCCAUCUUGUUCAGCUGGUGUCUCAUUGUUUAUACCGCUUUGGCUACUGUGAUGACGCUGAUUUAAGUUUGGCUGUUUUGUCUUAAAACUGUUCAUGUGAAGUAGCACAGAGUCAACAGGAAGCUCAACACCUCCUGAGUUCAGUAUUGCUGUCAUGAGGUAAGAGCCAGGUGGUCAGUGAUUCCAUGUCUUAGUCUCCAGUACAUCAGUUUGCAGCUAGACCUUUUUCAUCUGAGCUCAUAACUGCUGGACUCAGUCACAGCAAGACACCGGCAGGUGGGCCCGGUUGUGAAUUAGGUUUCUAAACCCAGCAUACAAUACCUCCAAUUGGAUAAGUUUGCAGAACAGUACUGACUAUGCAAAGCACGUUGUCAUCUAGUAUUAAUUUUUCAGUAAUUACAGAUUGACAUUUAGUUGUUUUUCUGCACUUUUUCCCCAUAUGUCAUGUGUAUCGUAUGGACUCAUAGCCAAGUAGAGGGAGUCAUGAGCAUAUGUCCCAGUAUGUCCCACAGUGAUCCAAGUACUGUUUGCUACCCUGUUGGUACCACCGUUUGUCCACUAAGGAGGAUUUGGAGGUUUCUUAUUUUAGCUUUGUGGAGCUUGUUUUGCUGUUCUCACUACUGUUGAUAUCCUCUCAUGUCUGGACUCUUUCAAUGGUUUCUAAACCGUUUUGAAUGUUGAAAUCCUGAGAGGCGUGUAUUAUAGGAGUUAAUUUUUCAUUUUACUUUUUGAAAUGUGCUUUUUUAGAUUGCUUUUUAGUACUCUUUAAAUGUGGCAAGAGAACGCUUCAAAGCUGUGAUAAAUAUUCUAGCUUUUACCAUAAGGAUGUUUUUGAGAGUGUCGAUGUUUGAGAGUGCAAACUAGUCCAGCGGUGAAAUCAGAGAGGUCUGGGAAGCGUAACUGUCUCAGCCCCUAAUCCUUUAGUACAACAGCAAACUGUCUGCUUACAUAUGCACACCUAAAAUGAUUAAUUUCACAAUUUCACCUUCAUAACUUCAUCUUGAAAUUCCAGUGAAGGUUGUUUUCAUUAAUCUUCUUUGAGCCCAGAACCAGUACAAUGUGUUUGGAAGGAAAAUGGAUCCAUAAAUGUUUUUUACAGGAGUGCAGUGGCAGGUUCCAUCAUGCGUUCCAGCUCGUGUUUGGGCUUUUCCAGCUGAAAGGCGGUAUGCUCUCUCAAAGGGCUUUCAAAAUUUUGGGCUGCUCAGGACACAGGAACUAUGGAAAAGAACAGAUAAAUCCAACAUCUUCUAAUGUCCUCCAUCUGGCCAUUACUUUGAAUUAAUCUGUAAUAUCCCAAGUGUAGAGAGAGAAAGAAGAAUGCCAUAUUGAGUUUUGUUCUUCUUUGAGUAUGUCUCUGAUAUGCUGCCCCUGAAAACAAAAAGCACACAGAAGCACUUGCUAGAGGCAUGCAAAGGCUAACCGUGUUCUCAUCUCUCAAAUGUUGUGAAAUCACACACACUGCACAUAAAUGCAUUACUGCUCCUGCUACUCAUGACUUCAUAAAGAAUUCAGCCACAUGGCAAUAUUCCUAUUACUGUUAACCUGUUGUAUUCAGCGUAGAGGCUGCAGUGUAAAUGUUUUGAACAUUGAAUUAUUUUAUGUUAAAUCGUAUAUCCCUCGGCAGUUAAUAGGCACAAAUUUAUCAGCAGGUAAUUAAGGAUUUGUUGAUUACUGUGCAUAUUAAAUCUGUCAGACAUGAGUUGUAAUUGCUUUUUGCUGAUGCAUCUGUCCUGCAGGGCAGUUUUUGAUAGCUCUGUAAGAUACAAGUACAGCUCUUCCCCUGUCUUUAAUGUUGUAAGUAGUGGGUUGCAUGGUACUGUGUAUUUAACAUCACAUAUUUUGUCUGACAGAUGUGUAUGGUACACCUGUUUGUUCAUCUGUCUCUCCCACAAGCCCUUACUGGGGGUGUAUGCGUAGGGUUUGUAUCAACCUCACCUGUCACCCACAGCGCUGCUCUAUUUUAAACGUUGGGUUAGUCAGCCAAAAAGCAGGGAUCAGGUAUCAUAAUUAUUCCAUAGCUGCAGCGAUACAGGAUUUUUAAAAGAGCGAGGCAUUUAGAAGGGAAAAGUUUAUGUUCUUGUAACGGGCUUUCAAAUCAGGCGUGGGCAUUCCGUCACUUUCCACAGAUUAGUUUUUGGGGAUCUUUAAUAUUUUUUAAUUAGUUAAUGGACCAGAUAACAUUUAUUAAACCACACAGUAAGCUUCUUUCUUCAGUUCUGGCCCAAUCCCCUUGCUAUCCCUGGAGGAAAUAUUAAUGAGAAAAAGCACUCAGAGGGUCCUGAGCUCCACAAAGUGAAUGAGCUGGCCGUGCCAAGCUCCCUCAAUUCACCCACCCACAUUCAGCCAACUGUUGCGUCGCAUCCUCACUCUUAUGCAAAAUAAAGCGAAAGAAACUAUUUUAUUUUUUUCGUCAUGACAGCAGCAACAGCAGCCCAAAAGUGCAAGUCACAAAUCGACCUCAGGAUUUGUGCUCAUGGCUAAACCUCCAGCUGUUCAUAUUGCAGUGGAAAGAAGUUUAAUUCCCUUUUGUAAGAAUCUUAUUGCAAAAUGAGUGCUAAUUUGGCAAUUUUUUUUCUUAGUUUUUUAGCCAUUUUGACUAGUGCACUUUCUUAUAAAUUUCACUCGGAGAAUACAAAUAAAAACAGUCCACUUAAUCAUAUAGUCCAGUAGGCCUCAAAUUGAGCAGAUUACUGUGGAGUCACUUUGUCAGAGCUGGUGUCGCUGGAGGAGUCUGAACAGGUUGAUUUUCUUGCUGUGUGCACUUUUAGUCUUUCAUUGUGAAUGUACGACUUCGACUGUGACUGUCCAGUACCUUGAGCGAUGUUCAUGCUGUGUACCUCAACUCGCCUGUUUAUAAGAGAAUUGAAAACAAACAAAAGGUAUUUUAGCCUGUGGGAAUCUAUGUUCUUGGAAAUAUAUUGUGCGGAAUGUAAUAAAUGCUAUUUUUCUAAAAAGCUUGAGUUUAUGCUGUCAAAUUCAUUGCUGCUGUGUCAUUUUCUUAUGUGUCUGCACAAUUCCUUUUGUAGUAAUUCUGGUGUCAAUGCUGUAUUUUUUUCUUUUUUUGGUUUAUUUGAAGUUCUGGUCUACGAUUGAACAUCCGUAUUUCAAGUGUAGAACAGUUUUACUCAUUUUAAGAGAUUCGGUCCCCUUUAUUUUUACACAGGAGUACAGAGUGGGUAUUUCCAUUUAGAUCUUCCAGUCGUGCGCAGGGUCUCAGAAUGAUAUACUGACUCAUUGUAAACCUACAAGUCAGAUGUUCCCUCAAUGUUUCUUCUGUACAUUGGAGCAAUUUGGUUUUGCAGGCGAGACUUUAAAAAAAAGUAUUUGUUAUAUAUCAUGCUGUUUACGCAACAUGGAUGUAACAAACACAGCUUUUUUGGAGCGUAUGGAAAAAACCAUGAAAGAACUUGCACCACUAGUUGUUUGAAGUGACAAAUAAAAUAUUUCAUUAACUUGCCCUAAUUGCUGCAGUGCUUCAUAUUGAGUUACUCUAAUUUACACAGUUUUAAUUGCAAAUAUUAAUCUUUUUUGUUUUUCUG